AUUCAAAAAUAAAAAUUGUAUCUUGUUCGUAUCUGUAUUGAUAUCGUUGUUUUGUUUCCUUUGAUUAGUUGUGUAUGAAGAAAUUGUUUUAUUUCUUUUCUUGUGGUACAAUAAUACGAAUUUAUAAAGUUUACAACUUGUGCAGUUAUUUUGAGAUAAAUAAUUUGUUGCUUCACUAUCAAAAACAGUUUUUAGACCCCUUUUUAGGUUAGUUUAUAGAGUGUAACUGAACAUGACAAAUCAUCUGUCUGGAGGAAAAGCAAAUAUAGCUCUACUUCAAGAAUGGAUUAGAAGUGAAUUGCUGACACUAGUUGACAAAUGUGAUGGAAAUAAGGUAAUAGUGCUGGAUGAUGAGCUGAAUGGACCUAUUGGACUUGUGGCAAAAUCAACAGAUCUUCAAGCUCACGGUAUCACUAAUGCCUUUAUCCUGAGAUCUGGUCGUCUGCCUUCUUCAGAGGCGAGAAAUGUUAUCUUCAUCACCCGUCCAGUCCUGCGCCUCAUGGACAUAAUAGCGGAGAACAUCCAUGGUGAAGAGCGAAGCAAAGUGAGGAGAGAGUUCCACAUAAUAUUUGCACCAAGGAAAAGUUUACUCUGUGAGAAAAGGCUCAAGAACAAAGGUGUGUUUGGCAAUUUGACCUUCAUAGAGGAGUUGCCUUGUGAUAUUUUCCCAUUUGACAGUGACCUCAUGUCCAUGGAACUGCAAUAUGCUUUUAAAGAGUACCAGCUGGAGAGUGAUCCGAGUGCGUUGUACCAGGCGGCACAAGCUGUGAUGACACUGCAACGACUGUACGGUGUCAUCCCACGCGUGUGUGGUGUUGGCGCAGCAGCACAGCAGGUGUGGCAGCUGAUGACGCGACUCUCUCUGGCGGUCACAACCCCCGCUCCUCCGCUGUCACACAUCGACCAGCUGCUACUGCUGGAUCGUGCAGUGGACCCACUCUCCCCCCUCACCACCCAACUCACGUAUGAGGGCCUCAUCGAUGAAAUCUUCGGCAUCAUUAACAAUACUGUGCAUGUACCAGCUCACCGGUUCACUCAAGCGGACGAGGAGGCAGCGUCCGAUAUGAUCCAGAACAAGAAGAUAAUCAUACUCAACUCUGGAGAUCAGCUUUAUGCUGAAAUAAGGGACAAGAACUUCAACGGCGUGGGAGCUGCUUUGAGCAGGAAGGCCAAGCUGAUCUCGUCUCAGUUGGAGGAACGUCGCGGAGAGAAGACAAUACAGGAGAUGAAGCAGUUUGUAGCAAGACUGCCACAUAUGCUGGCCACCAAGAAGUCCCUUGCUACACAUACAACGAUAGCAGAGAUGAUCAAGGAAGUGACCGAUACAGACCAGUUCAUGGACUUCCUGGAUUGUCAACAAGAGAUGAUGCUGUGUGUGGAUACUGACAAGGUUCAGCCAUAUAUUGAGGACUGUAUCGCGCACAAGGAACCUCUAGUCAAGGUGCUGAGACUAAUCUGCAUGCAGUCUGCCACCAAUAGUGGACUCAAGCCCAAGGUUUUGGACUACUACAAGCGAGAGAUAGUGCAGGCCUAUGGCUUCCAUCAUCUGCUGACUCUCAUCAACCUGGAGAAAGCUGGACUCCUCAAAGUUCAGGAAAGACAGAGAGUGUAUCCAGUGGUACGCAAGCUACUGAGGCUGACAGUGGAAGAUGGCAGUGAGGUAGCACCCACCGACGUGAGCUAUGUGCACAGUGUGUACGCUCCACUCUCUGCACGGCUGGCCCAGCACCUGGCACGUGCAGGUGGCUGGCGAGGACUGGCCGAUGUGCUGCCAUUGCUACCCGGACCGUCCUUUGAAGAAACCCAGACUAUUCCCGGUCAGCCAACCAGACGUGGGUCUAUAGACAGUAAACAUUCCACGGCCAGUGAUACAGGUUCCAAGGUAAUCCUGGUGUUCUUCCUUGGCGGCUGUACCUUCGCUGAGAUAUCUGCUCUACGUUUCCUUUCUCAGCAACCAGACUCAAAUGUGGAGUUCUUGAUAGCAACAACAAAACUGAUAAACGGCAACUCCUUCAUUGAGUCUUUAAUGGAACCUAUGCCUCAGGUUUAGCUUUUUACCUCCGACUGUGAUGAAGCUGAUAUACCAAAGGCUUAUUGAACUUUUAUACUUUAUUAUAGUCAUCUAAUUAAAUAUGUUUAUAAUUGUAAAUACUAAUAAAUAUAAUAUGCUUAUAAUUUCUGUUAAA